UUUCAGGAUCUUCCAGCUCAGAUUUCAUGUAAGGUUUGGAAGUCAUUUAUUUCCUUCUUGGUUGCUCAACAUGGAGAAAGUUGAAGAAGCUGCUGAUGCUCAAAUUUCAAAUGGCGGACCGGAUGGCACGGCGUCUCUAGUAGAAGUGGAGCGUGCCGAUAGAGUCGAACAGAAGGAACGUGUGCCAGCUCUGGAACGCAAUGCGACUGUUCUCUUUAACAUUGCGUGGACGGAAAGCGAAUCGGGAAAGCAAACGGUGACGUUUGAACGACAGGCAUCUAGAACGGACCAUCCUGUCACCCUGUCCUGGUCCGGACUGCAUGUCGUCGCGCCUGGUGCCGGUCCGACUCUCGUUCAGAGGCUGAAAGGCAACCUUAACGGCAAGCCUGACAAAUUGAUUCUCAACGAUGUAAAUGGAGUAGCACAACCGGGACAACUCAUUGCCAUUAUUGGCGCAAGUGGAGCAGGAAAGACGACGUUUCUUAAUGUUCUGUCAAGGCAAAACACGGCAAAUCUCAAGGUAUCUGGCUCUGUUUGUGUCAACAAGAUGGAUAUUAGAAACAAGAUUAAAGACAUCUCGGCAUACGUUCAACAAGAAGACAUUUUUGUGGGCACAUUGACAGUGAAGGAACAUCUAAUUUUCCAGGCGUUGCUGAGGAUGAGCAAAAGUUGGUCAAGAAGUGACAAAUUGAAACGAGUGGAACUCGUUCUUGAAGAGAUGGGAUUGAAAAAAUGUGCCAAUACUGUCAUCGGCAUUCCUGGUAAACUGAAAGGAAUAUCAGGAGGUGAAAAGAAAAGACUUUCAUUUGCUUCAGAGAUUUUGACCAAUCCACCGCUUUUGUUUGCUGAUGAGCCGACGUCUGGUUUAGAUUCCUUUAUGGCUGAGACUGUGGUGAGGGUGUUGCAGACUAUGGCUGCAAACGGGAAAACUGUUCUCUGUACAAUACAUCAGCCAUCGUCUGAAAUAUUUGAGAUGUUUGGAAGUGUGCUGCUGCUUGCUGAAGGACGAGUUGCUUAUCUUGGCUCUAGAGAACCUGCAAAAGCAUACUUUGCAAGUCAUGGAUAUGUUUGUCCAGAGAAUUAUAAUCCUGCAGACUUUUAUGUUCAUACCCUUGCCAUUGUCCCAGGAAAUGAGACAGAAUGUCGACAGAAAGUUAAGGAACUUUGUGAUUUGUUUCAGUCAAAUACUGAUACUAAUGCACAGUCAGUAACUGACACAGUAGAAGAAUAUUAUGACCAGCAGAAUGAUGAGGUUGGAUAUGAAAUCAAAAGUGGCUCAGGCUAUCGGGGGUCUAUCUGGUCUCAAUUUUUACUGCUUCUUUGGCGCUCUUGGAUCACUCAGACUCGUGAUCCAACUCUUGUUCGAGUAAAGUUUGGUCAAGCAAUUUUUAUGGCCGUUCUAAUGGGACUUAUUUACUUACAAGUCCCACAUGAUGAGCAUCGGCUACAAAACAUAUCUGGAGUGUUAUUCUUUGUCUGCGUUAACGGCAGUCUUGUCAACUUGUUUGCAGUGCUGCAAACUUUUCCUAUUGAAAUGCCAGUCUUUUUGAGAGAGCACGGAAGUCGAUUGUAUCGAACAGAGAUAUACUACGUAACAAAACAUCUAUCAGACAUUCCAUUCUUGGUGAUUUUAACUUUCAUAUACUCUGUCAUUAUUUACUGGAUGGUUGGUCUUCGAGAGGAAGCAGACAAGUUCUUUAUUUUCUAUGGUCUUCUUCUUCUUAUUGCUAACAUUGCGAUGGGUGUUGGGUAUGCUAUUUCAGCUGCCGCCACCACUGUACCUGUUGCUUUGGCUUUUGGCCCUGUGACCAUAAUUCCAAUGAUGUUGUUUGGCGGCCUCUUUGUCAACAUCAGUUCUAUUCCUGUGUACUUUUAUUGGAUCAGCUACUUGUCGUGGUUUUAUUACGGGUUUGAAGUACUGAGCAUCAACGAAUGGGCUGAUAUCACUACAACUGGCUGUCCAUCUAACGUGAUUGGAUGUGCUCCCAAUGGCACAGAAGCUUUGAAGUUUUUCGGACUUAAAGAAGGAAAUUACAAUCGCGAUAUCGGUAUUCUCUUCGCUCUUUUCAUUGCUUCUCGAAUUGCUGGUUUGCUGAUUCUCAAACUUCGGGUUUACUACCAUGAGAAGAGACGAUGAGAUCUUGUAUCUCACUGGGUGAUUGUGUUUGUAGCUAUUUGUUUAUGCUUAAUGACGGAUAAUGUGACAAGCAUGAAUUGACUGAUGAGUCAUUGUUCUAUAUGUGGUGCUGUACUGUAUAGUUAAUAUUAAUUAAGUAUGACUGUAGGUAUGGUUUGUAAGCAGCCAAUGUUAAAUGUGAAUGUUCAUGAAGGGUUAAGAAUAUCUGGCUGUAGCCUGGUGCAUUCUGGAGUACACGUGUGUUUGCGUUUGUUUUGGUUGUUUGUUAGCUGGCUUGUUAGUUUGUUGUUUAUCUAUCUGUUUGUCUGUCUGUCUGUCUGUAUGUAUGUAUGUAUGCACGUAUGUUUGUCUUGUUUGCUGGCUGUGUGCUGGUUUGUUUGUUUGUCUGCAUAUCUGCAUGUGUGUACAUGUGUGUGUGUACAUGUGUGUACAUG